AUGAAUAAGACAUAAAACUAAUAAAAUGAUAUCACAUAAUUAAUUAGAUAUGGCUUAUUUGUUAUCAAUUUUUAUAAUCCAACAAUUAAGAAGCAACUGAAUCCAGCCAGAAUUGAGUAGUAAAUACUUGAAGCCAAUAUAAAUUAAACCAUAUUUAAAAUUGCAAAUGUCUAAUAUAAGUAUAAUUAAUUCUUACUAAUGCGUACAGAGUAAAAUUAAGAUGUUCUUAUAUUAUUUUAGGGGAGUUCUAUUAAAGGUAUUUAUCUGAUUGAUCUUUGUAUAAGAAAUUUAGAGUGUAUUUAUUCAGCAUCUUUUAGAAAUUAAAUUAAGAUUUAAAAACAUAAUAAAGACAACAUUAAUACUAAAAUAUAAUAGAAUGUAAAAUUAUUAAGUUAUUUUGUUUUCUUUAUGUUUUCUAUAUAUUGUUAUUAAUAUAAGAAAAAUUAAUGAUCAUUAUUAAUAACAGUAACCAAAUUAAAUGAUUAUGUAAAGACCAAUGAGUCUACUAGAAUAUGCAUUAUCAGAAUCUAAUUUGAGUAUGAAUAUCAAAAGAAGGAAUUUAACAAUUGAAACUCAAUCUAUGUAAACAAGUCCAAAUAUAUUUUAAAAUACUUAAGCAGAUUUAGAGUUAUUGUUAGAUAUGAAUUCAUAAAAUAAAUAAUGGGUUUCAAUAGAUUUGUUUAGAUUGAUAAUACGAAAAAUUGAGGAAAAAUUUAGUGAAUUUGAAGCAAGAUUAGACAAUCGAGAAGGAUUUUAAAAUUUAACUUAAAAAUGUACAAUAUAAAAGAAGAUGUCAAAGAGUUAUUAAUAAGCUGAUUUUAGCUAAAUGGAUCAGAGUCAAGAUGAAUUAGACUCUAAAUUGUAAAUAAGUUAAACUAAAAGACUAAAUACAUCUUAACUUAAGAAAUCAGAAAUAAAAGAAAUAAGAAAUGAUGAACCUUUAAUUGGUAGAUAAAAUUUGUUAGAAAAAAAGUUGGUUUAAUUGGAAGAGAAAUAGAUAAAAAUUUAAAAAGAAGUUAGCAAUUUCACUUUAGAUAUUGAAUCAAAAAUAUAAGUAUUAAUUAUAAUUUGAUAGUAUAGUAAUGUAUAAAGUAAAUAGAUUGGAGUUUGGAAAAAUUUAAUAAAUUUUCUUAAGAAUUAUUGGAUAAAGUUAAGGAUGUUACUGAUAAUCAUACAGAAAUAUUUUAACAUUUAUAAAAAAAUAAAGAAGAUAUAAAGUAAAAUCGAUAUAUUAGUUUUUUAGUUAUGUUAGAAUAAGUGCUGAACAUUUUAAUUAAAAUGUAUUAACGUAGAUUGAAUAAAUUUCAACCUCUAUUUAGAAUUUGAAUAAUUUUGUAGGAAAACACGAUUAAGAGUUGAAUUAUUAUAAAGAAAUAAUUUAAAUAACUGAAAGUGAUAUUUUAAAGAUGAUUUAAUUAGAAAAAGACAUACUUAAAAUUGUAUAUACACGCUAAGAAUAAAAUGAGAAAUAAGGAAAAUGA